GGGAAUGAUGACGCUCCCCAGCAGGAGCGAACGGACAGCCCGCGCGCUCGCUCCCAGCACGCAGAGUAAGCCCUGGCUGCAGCGUUGGAGUAGCACACACGCGAACCUGCUGGAGGCCGUCACAGUCAUCGCUUCCGAUGUGCUGAUAUUUGUCGGGGCUCCCAUGAAUGGCGGACUGUACAACUUGUAGCCAGCAGCGAGGGAAGACGUGUACAGACGAAAGCCAAGCAUCGUUUGAGCUGGAACACGAACGAAACGGCAGGCGCUCGCUGGCUCUGCCUGUCGCACUCAGACCGACGCUCGACGCCUCCGGUGGGGAUUUGCGAGCCGACAACGCCGCGGCGACAAAAACAGAAAACAAACGGAGCUGAGACUUUUCAGAACGAGGGCUUUUUAGUUUGUUUUUCAGUCAGUGAAAAAUAAAUAUAUAGACCAAAAAAAAUGUCAGGAACGUUUGCAAAUAUGUAAUAAAAUGUGUCAGCUUGAGUUUGCUAGCUGGAGCUGUUCUUUUUGUCAAUAAACCACAAAACGACCGAGGACCCGUGAAGUUGCGUUGGGUUAACUUGAAGAUGAUCAUCGAGCUGCAGUAAGGAACACUUUGCAGUUCUCCCUUACGUAUUGAAACAACUUCAAUCUCCUACCUGCCUGCUGAGCAACAGAGAUUUGCUUUUCAGUGAUCACCUCUUUACAGGUGAAUGUAGCAGAUGAUGAAAAGGAAACUGGGACUUUUUCUUCAGUAGUUGAGCUCUCGAAAAGUCCAAGUUCAGAUCACAGAAAGGAGACCGUUGCCAGUUAGACCUUGCUCCCAACAGCCGAACUGGAAGAACAACCUAACUGACGUAAAAGAGGUUACAACAGUAAGGGAGAGACGGGGACUGACAGCAGAGCAAAGGUUUGGAGGAGGAGGAGGUCAAGGAAGGUCUGGAAAGACCAGACGCGAUGGCCACUGAUCCAGGAGAACCCACGGGUACAGAUGAGUCCUCUGAAAAACCGGAUGGACACAAGAAGAACCAUUCAGAACAGGAAGGCAGGGCUGACCAAGAAGCGGAGAAGAUGUGUAGCACCCACUCUGACCUUAACUGUUCUUGGUCUCAGAAGGAGAGAGACACAGGAGAAGAUGAUGGAGGGAUUGGAGGAGACAUAGGUGGAAGGGGAGACGGUGGAGGAGGAGAGAAACAAGCAUCCCAGGAUUAUGAGGAAUCACCGGUCUUUUCCACUGCGCCAUCUUUAUCUUUUGAGACUGGACAGAAGCCUCUGAAGCGGGAAAAGCGCUUCUUCAGGAAAAGUGUGGACAUUUGUGAGGAGGAUGAUGGGGUGGAGAUAUCUAAUGUGGCCCCUAACAGUGCCCCCCACCUAGAGCUGCACUCCACAGAAUCCGGCUUUGGCAAUGCUCAACAGAAAGGGGUUGUGGCACCCUUUGCAGCCUUGGGACAUGAUGUAUGUCAGGGCAACGAGUCUGGUAAAUAUGCUCCUUCAAGUGCACCGACCCAGAAUGUGAAGGAGAGGGACUGUGAGCAGGAGGAGGAGGCGGAAAUGAAGGCUGUAGCCACCUCUCCUGGUGGAAGAUUCCUCAAAUUUGACAUUGAACUGGGAAGAGGAGCCUUCAAGACAGUUUACAAAGGCCUAGAUACAGAGACAUGGGUGGAGGUGGCUUGGUGUGAACUUCAGGACCGCAAGCUGACCAAGGCUGAACAGCAGCGCUUUAAGGAGGAGGCUGAGAUGUUAAAGGGGCUUCAGCACCCAAACAUCGUCCGCUUUUAUGACUCCUGGGAGUCUGUUCUGCGUGGAAAGAAAUGUAUCGUUCUUGUCACCGAGCUCAUGACAUCGGGAACACUGAAGACCUAUCUAAAGCGCUUUAAAGUGAUGAAACCCAAGGUCUUAAGAAGUUGGUGCAGGCAAAUUCUGAAGGGCCUUCACUUCCUUCACACGAGGACUCCACCAAUUAUUCAUCGAGAUCUUAAGUGUGACAACAUCUUCAUCACAGGCCCCACAGGAUCAGUCAAGAUAGGGGACCUGGGACUUGCUACUCUAAUGAGGACCUCCUUUGCAAAGAGUGUGAUAGGAACACCAGAGUUCAUGGCUCCAGAGAUGUAUGAGGAGCAUUAUGACGAGUCUGUGGAUGUGUAUGCUUUUGGGAUGUGCAUGCUGGAGAUGGCAACUUCAGAAUACCCCUACUCAGAGUGCCAAAAUGCAGCACAGAUUUAUCGCAAAGUUACUAGUGGCAUUAAGCCAGCCAGCUUUGAUAAAGUAAAUGACCCAGAAAUUAAAGAGAUCAUAGAAGGCUGCAUUCGUCAGACUAAAAGCCAGAGACUGUCUAUACGAGACCUCCUUAACCAUGCGUUCUUCGGGGAGGACACUGGUGUUCGGGUGGAGCUUGCAGAGGAGGACACAGGCAUCCAGGACUGCCUUGCUCUACGGAUUUGGGUCGAAGACCCCAAAAAGUUAAAAGGGAAGCACAAGGACAAUGAGGCCAUUGAGUUUAGCUAUGACCUGGAAAACGAUAGUGCUGAGGAAGUGGCUCUGGAAAUGGUCAAGUCUGGAUUCUUCCAUGAAAGUGAUGCUAAGGUGGUGGGGAAAUCCAUCCGGGACCGAGUAAACCUAAUUAAAAAGUCCAGGGAGCGUCGUCAACAGCAACUUCUUCAGCAGCAAGUCUUUGAGAAGGCAAAAAACUCUACUCCCCCCUCAUAUCCUUUUUCUCAUCCUUCUUGCCCAUCUUCACUGCACAUACCAUCUGGACAUGGAGGAGGUGGAGAGCAAGGAACUGGAGGAAUAAUGCAGGAGUCUGAAGAGCUCCCUGAGGCAGACCAGCAUGUACAGCAGCAAAGUGUGCUCAGUGGAACCACCCUGAGUCUGCCAGAUGAGACCAUAGGGCGUGGCAGCUGUGACUCUUCUACAAGUGGACAGAGCCAGGCAUACUCUCUCCAUGGGGAACCAUACCCUCUUUCUCAUAUUUCUCUCCCAUCAAUGACAUCUAGCAAUGGUGCAUCAUCUAAUUCUCAAAUGCUGCUCUCUGGUGAAAGUGGAAGUGCUCCAAACAUGCUUCUUGGGCAGAGUGUUGGUAUGUCUACCAUGCCUAUUGGCCAAAGUGGAGGGGGAGCCAUUGGUCAGAUCUUUAUUCAGCCCACCAGCGUGGUUUCACAGUCACAAACUUUUGAUUCAGAUGCAUUUAAGCUGGCUGCCACUCAGUCAUACACCCUGCCAGUGUCCCCACAAGCCCCCAUUAACGUUCCUACCACAUCGAUGCCAAUCAGUGAUCCCACUGGAGUGUCUGGGACCAUUGUGCCCCACAUGCAGCAUGCCAACCCCACUGCCACUCCCAUGCCAAUCACUGACAUCAUCCCUCAUGCAGUUCCCCAGCAAACACAGCCUAUCAUGAUCCCGGAGCAGGCUGUUGUCCCAAAUCAAGCCAUUGGAAUUAAUUCACAGACCUCCACAUUUCAAAAGCAAAUGGAGGCCAAACAGCAAGAACUUAGUGCUGCUCAGUUGCCAUCAGAAGGGCAUCAGCAGAGUAUUUUAGCUGCAGCUGUUCAGAAACCUCACUACGAGUCUCUGCAGCAGAUCUGUGUGCAACAUCCUGUUCAGCAAGUCCAUCCAGCUUCUCAACAGGUGACCAUACAACCAAGCACAGAGUCUCAAGCUAUGUCAGUCCAGCCAGAAGAGUUGACUCUGACAUAUACACAGCUACAAACAGGUGAUCCAUGUAAUCAAACAAGGGCCCAGUCACAGCAGCUGCAACAACAACUUCAGCAGCAGCAAGUUCUGUUGCAGCAGCAGCAACAGCUUGUGCAGCAGCAGCAUGCUCUCCUCCUCGAGCAGCAUCAGUUGUAUUUCAAGCAGGGGCUAGAUCAGCAGCAACAAAAAGAACUCCUUCAACAACAGCAGCAAGUCCAACUACAGCAACAGACAGCAAUGCAACACAAAAUACUGAUUGAACAACUGCAUCAAGGUGUGGUUCCUCAAGAGAAACCUCAGCAAUCACUCCUACAAGAUGUCGCUUCAAAGCAAAAUCAGCAAAGUCAGUUUUACCAACUAACCGAGCAACAAAAAGGUGGAACAAAAACCGAAGAAAAUAUGUUGCUAAACAGGGAACAACUACAACAAAAAGUUCUAUGUCACCAACAAAAUGAGCAGGUUCAGCAGCAAAUCUUAAUCCAGCAGUUGGAGCAGCAACAUCACCAAGCACUAAUGCAGCAACAUUUGCAACAUCAGCUGAUUUUGCAGCAACAGCAGUUGCAGAGUCAAGAGCAGCAACAACUCCAAGGAAAAAUAGAACAGCAAGCUCUUUUGCAACAACAGUUAGAACAACAGCAACAAGCAGAGAUGCUACAGCAACAUGCUUUCCUGAAGCAGCCUGUUCAAGAGCAGCAGAAACCCGCUGCCAGCCUUCAGCUUCAGCAAACAGAAAUACCAACGGACAACAUUGCUAUGCAUAUUCAUCAGCAGCAAGCUGAUGUGCAACAAGUGUGUGUCCCGCAAAUAAAAACAGAUCAGUUAGUGCAUCAUUCCACUCCGCAUCACAUAAAAGAGCAACAGCAGUCGGUUGUACAGCAGCAUCAAGAAUUCGUUGAACAGCAUCAGCAACAAUUCUCAGUGAUGGACCUUUGUCCUCCAUUCAGCGUUGAUACAGAAGUAGUUCAGCAUCAAAGUCACAGAAUCUCUCAAACCCAAGUCCCAAUGGCAGUUCAGAGUACACAGAUAACUGCCCUGACAUCUCCUGCAGUCAUCAAACAGCAGGGGCAAAAUGAGUAUCAUCUCCAGAGGCAAGACCAGGCCUCUCUCCAGUUUUUAGCCCAGUCAGCAGCCCAAGCAUCUCAACCUGUGGCUGAGGGUUAUGUGCUCCCCCCACAAGCUAUGAUCCAAGGUCAAGUACCAAUCAGUCACACCCAGCCGGUUCCUUUGCAGACCACCUACACUGGACCUGUAGCCAUCACACAGAGCCAGAGACCUGCUCAGCCAUCAAUCCAUACUCAACCUCUUCUUGCAUCUUUUUCUCAGUCCCAGUCACAACCGGACCAAAUACCAAAUCUUGGUAACCAAAUGAUGGGCCAACAAAAACUAUCUGUUGCUCAGCCUCCAGUUGCUCUUUGUUCUGAUAUUAGCAUUCAGCAAAAUGUUCAAACACCAGAGCUCAUCCACCUGCCUCAGUCCUCCCACCAAGCCAAACCAUCUAUACCACAGAACAUUGCUCAACAGCUGGAGCAUCACAGACUGGUCCUACAGUAUCAGCAGAUGAUGGAUUCACACGUCUCUGUUGGAAGUGCUGGAACUCUAACAGACGCCCUCUCAUCAGUACUUGACUCUAAAUCCCUUAAUGCCCCUCUUCAUCCUGUGCAUGCUAAACAGUUUGGAGCAUCAGGCCAAACAACACUAUUUCCUGCUCAGCACCAGUCCGCAGGAAGCACUGUUGACCCUUUACUAAUUCCGCCAGUGUCCCAUACAUUGUUACCUCAAUUAAAUGACCCAAGUCAGCAACAUUUAAAUAACCCUCCUCAAGUGCAGCAGCCAUCAACCUUACAGAUACCACAGAGCCAGUUGCCCCUCCAGCUCAGCCCAUCACCCAUCCAGCAACCACCUCUAGUUAAUUUGGCUGAAACCCAGUCACAGAACAGGGCUCUGCCCCUCUGCAGUCAACUAGCUGCAGGUGCCCCUGCUUCUCCACAACAUGAAUCAAAACAAAUCUUCCCAGUUCACACCUCAAGUCAGGCUGAACAACACCUUCAAACUCAUUCACACAAUCAGACACCCACAGACAAAGCAAAUUCUGAACUGCUUGUUCUGUCCCAUACUUUCUGUCCUGCUCAAACUGUCAGCCCUUUGUGUUCCUCAACAUCCCUGACAUCCCUCCCACCCCAACAAUCUGCCGCUGCUGAGCUUUCCACGUUUCUGCCAGCAGCCUUGUUAACCUUGCCAGGACAGUCUGACAUUACACUCACCUCUCCACCUGUCACUACACAUCACUCGCUUGAGUCUAAUAACCCUAAACAGCUCCAACCCUCGCUGCAAGAUUGUGACCUUUCCUUACUGGGGAUUUCUCAGGAUGGUCCAAAUGUGACAAAUGCAGAACAUCAUUCUUCAACAGGUUCUGUUCCAGCAAAUGGAGAGGAUACCGCCCAGUUAUUGGCAAAUGGGAAAUCGGAUAGAUCCAAAUGUCAAAGGAGAGCUUCCUGUCUGAAACCAGAGAAAAGUUCACAGCAGUUUCAGAUGAGCAUGCUUCAGGUAUCUGGAAGUGGAGACAAUAUGGUCGAAUGUCAGCUGGAAACUCAUAGCAACAAAAUGGUGACAUUCAAAUUUGACAUCGAAGGCGACGCACCUGAGGACAUAGCAGAUUACAUGGUGGAGGAGGACUUUGUCCUGGAUGUUGAGAAGGAGAAGUUUGUCGAAGAGCUCAGAUCAAUUGUUAAGAAAGCACAGGAAAUCCUUCAGACACAUUCAGAGACCGGAUCAACAGGCCAGAUACAUGUGAACACUCCCACAGGCUCAAUGGACUUGGUACCCUAUUCUUCUCCAGUUGGACGAUGGCGUUUUUUUAUUAACCAAACUAUUCGCCACAGAGACUCUCUUUCCAAUCAAGGGGCAGUCACACCACCUCCCACUGCAGAGUCAAAACAUCCUCAAGGAAAUACAGCUGUGGAAAGUGAAGGAUCCCAGAUUUUGGAGUCCUUAACUGGAAUGACUUCCCCUUCCUGCAGCUCCCCAUCUUCUACCUUGCCCCCAGCCCCCACUGUCUCAGUCAAUGCCUCAGUAACUCCAUCAGCCCCAGCCACCCCUGCUUCUGAAACCACCUGUGGUCCAGCCUCUUUAUCUCACAUCGAACUUCAAGGGCACACUUCAGAUUGUGCUGAGCAAAACCCCUCUGCUUCUUCAGCCUUACCAACAUCAGCUGCUGCUAACAUCCCCACUGUGCUUCCUGCAACUUUCCCAUGUCCCUCACCCAUAGCCGUUCUUCCUGAUAAUGUCACCCUUCCUUCUAUAACUGCAUCUUCCACCGUAGCUUCAAGUGUGGGAGAUGCAGUAUUCACUGCACUAAAGCCAUGUACACCAAUAGUGUCUCAUUAUCAAGCUGCUUUUUUCUCACCACCUUCUGCCACUAUUGCCACUUCUGCAUUAAGCCCACAUGGUAUAGAACCACAACAGCCUGACGGUACAUCAACCACACAGCAGUCACACCUGCAGCCUGCGCCAGCUCUGCAACAGCAGCUGCAGGCGUGGCAGUUUGAACAGACACAGCAACUUCACCAAGCCUACCAAGAUCAAGUUCAGCUGCAGCAAGAAAGAGCUCUGCAGCAGUCUGUCCUCCAAGUCCUCACUCAAUCCAGUCAUACAGAAUUGUUGCAGCCAUCUGUAACACAACCAUAUAUUAGCUCAGUACCACAUCAGCAGACUUCACAGCAAACCCCAGUUCCUGCUGAGCUAGAACAACAUGUACAGUCCCAGAAAAAUAUGCAGCAUUCGGAGGAACAGCACAAAAUGGCUAAAGGCAUGGACACACAGUACAAACAGCUGCAGUUUUCACAGCAAAAGCAGUCAUCUUUACAGAUGUCAGAGUCAGAGGUUUCCACAGGAGAAACAAGCAUUACAGAGGAAACAGGCAGCUAUUCGGCCCGUUUUCCUGCUUCAUCUGAUUCUUCUGUACCGCCUCAACCUGCAUGCUCAACUGAAGGUAUUUUAUCCAAUCUAUCCUACAAACUCACACCAUCCCCUGCUCAGCCCUCUUCUGUGGCCGAGUCAGAUAGUGAAGGCCCUCCCAAAAUCGAAUUUGUUGACAACAGCAUGAAGACUUUGGAUGAAAAGCUGAGGAACGUUUUGUAUCAGGAGUACAACAGCGGGGUGGCAUUGGCUGGAACUGCCUCUUUUCUCGCAUCAACUGCCUCCACAACAGCAGGUGGUGAUGAGUCAUCUGAGGCCCAAUCAAUCCACAACUUACCUUUUGGCCCACCUGCCUCUUCCUCAGAUACUUCCCCUCAUUCCUCAUGCUCUACCACGUCCUCUCCCACCUCCCGUUCUUCUUCCACUUCUCCUGAUCCUGAGAGAUGUGGACAGGGAAGAGAACCUUCUUCAGAAGCGCCCAAUCCUGUGGAGCAGCAGCCUGGGCCAUCUCUCCCCUCUACCUCUGCCUCAUCUGCCCUUCCUACCUUCCCAGUGUCUCUCAGUCAUGACAAUCCUGCUGGCUCCCAGAAGCCACCUGGAACAGGAACCCCAACUGUUCUUGCUGUACCCUCACAUUCUGAAACCAGUGCCACUGGAGAUGCGUCUUCGUCCCCCAAUCAGCAACCCCUCUCCUUUCGGCAUGGACAGCAGCAGCACAAUGCAGGAGGUGGAUAUUUUGGCCUAAACCUGACAUGUCCUAGUAUCAGAAAUUCUGUUAGCAAGAAAUCCUGGACUCGAAAAUUCAAAAACUGGGCAUGUAAACUGCGCCACUCCACCAGCUUGUUCAAGAAGCCCAGAGUUCCUCAAGAUGAACAUUCAAACAGUCAGGCUCUUGAAGAUGAGAAAGAGGCUUUUCAACCAAAUCUGCCUCAGACUUGCAAAGGACGCUUUCAGGUGACUUUGGUGCCGCAGAGCCCACCCCCAAAAGAGGUGGCAUCAGACCGUGUUACUACUCACAGGAAAGUGGGACGAUUCUCUGUGACCCAGACUGAGACUAAAAAAGAUGACAGGCAAACUGACAGCUCACCCGUGUCUCCUGAUUUGGAAAGAGAGCGAAGGAAAUUCCGGGCAAAAGAAGGUGAUAAAGAAGAGUGUAAGAGAGCUCCAUCUAUAGCCCACCUGUCUCGGGUUCUUGGCCACAGCCACUCACAGCUCAGCAGCAGUGAUGAUGAUGUUGAGAGCGAACUGGAGAACGAGGAGCUGAGAAAAGAACUGCACAAGCUCAGAGAGAAGCACAUCAAAGAAGUGGUUUCCCUUCAGGCCCAGCAGAACAGAGAGCUUCAGGAGCUGUACAGAAAACUUCGAUCUCUAAAAGACCAAAGACAGAGUCUGCCAGCCUCCCUGUCCCGAACACCCCCUCUUUCCACACUUCCCCCUGUUCUAUCUCAACGCAGACCCAAGCCAACCAAAACUAAGCUUCGACCCCGGCCUCAUUCUCUGAUGGAUAAUAACGGACUUCCUCACUCUGGGUUUCAACAGUCAAGUGCUUUUUCGGGCAGUGCAGAGGGAGAACUGUCGCCCCUCUGCAAACCAGAUCAGUGCACAUCCCUACCCCCUAAAAGAGAUCACAGUCCUUCAAAGAAAAGCACAUUCACAGAUGAACUACACAAGCUCGUUGAUAACUGGACCAAGGAGUCAGUGGGCACUGCUUCUCCCAAACCUUCUCUGAAUCAAAUCAAGCAGAGCCAGCAGGAGCAGGGAGGUUGGAGCCAGUCAUCAGAGGGGGCUCCACCGGGUUGGUUUCCUACAGGACUGCUUAAUCCUCCAGCAGGACCAAAAGCGGGAGAAUCCUCCCAUUACACAGCUGGAGAUAACCUGCCCUCCCCAGGAGCUGCACCCCUGCAAAUGCACAUGGCUCCAGUUGUGCAGCAAAGCAUACACCACCAUCAAUCUCUCCCCCUUCAACAGAUGACUUAUCAGCACUCCCAGCAAAUACUGCAGCCCCAGAUGCAAACUCAAAUACACACACUGGCACAGACACCAACAGCUGCCCAGCUUCCCUUCUCACCUAAUUAUAGUCAACCUUUGCUGCUUUCCCAAACACCUACAUCACCUGGGUCCACAACAACAUCUCUGCUGCCUGACAGUGGUACGACAGUGUCGAAUGAUAGCACCGCUUCCACAGCAGGGCCAUUUUGUUCCUGUUCCUUGUCGUCAUCUACCUGUUCUCCAACUUGCCCAAUUGCUGCUCUACCUUCCAGUGCCAAAAUUCAACAAACAAACCCCACCUCUACCCUUCCUCUGUGACAGAAAUGAAUACAACGAAACGCAAGAUCCACAUGAAGGUCUUAGGGAAAUUGCCCAACGGUUAAGGAUACAAAGCAGGCCAUUUAUUUAGUGCCAGAUGUUUGUGUGAAUGAUCUGGGACUUGGAUGUAAAAGACAGGAAGCAGAUGUACAUACAGUGAUAUUUAUGAAACUCAGUAGCUGGGGUUUGUGAAUGAAAAUGUUUGGAUGUCUAAAGUGAUAAACACAUGUAUAUGUGUCUACAUGGUGUGUUUGAGUGUGUUUUUGUACAACAUUUGAGUACAUAUCACUUUUUUUUCAUUCAAAUUUCCAAAAGCAGAGAAAGAUAAAAUAUUUUAAUGUCGGCCUUUUUGUUUUAAUUUGUAAAUUGUAGCAACUAAAGGACAGAGUUUUAAAAGUGCAAUUAGUGAUGGUGAUCUAAACUGAUCAGCACAUAUUGAUUUGUCUGUAAGACAUACCGUUUUUGUACAGGGACUAUAUCCAAAAGGGAUAGCAAUUUUUUCAUGCUAUUUGAAAAAAAAAGCAUGUUUACAGGAAAGGAUGCUUCUAGCAAAUUAAACACUUACCUGAGUACAUCUGUUUCCACAGUACAAACAAUAUACAGCAGUGUUGUGUAUGAUCCAGCAAGUGCUUUGGAUUGUUUCAUGUUUUUAAUGGAGAUUAACACAAUCAGAAAAGUUCCUCUUGUGACAGCAACAUGGAACAUGCUGUCUGUGUUCAGCUGAUAUAUAAUUACACUCAGCCUUAGACUGCAUGGCCUUAUGACUAAAUUUACUGGCUGAAGAAGAAAUACUUGCACUUGCUGUAUUUUCAUGACUGUCACAGUGACUCCACAGCAGACUGCAGAGAUAAUCAGUCAUGGUUCAAUUUGCUGUCAGUGUUAUGUGCAUUCAUUGGCUUUGGGAUUUAGGGAAAGCCUGUUCAAGCUAAGACGAGCUUCAAUGCUUAUUUGACCCAAAACAGAAAGAAAUACAUUUUAAAAAAAGUAUGACUGAACCGUACUCUUUUACACGUUGCGUGUUUCCUUUCUGUCUGAGCUCAGCAAAACACGUAAAUUAAGAAAAAGUUUAAGCCAAGUUAUUACUGACCGAGUAGACCAUCCCUGUUGCCUUUUCAGUUGACAGCAUUGUUUGCAAGUGUGAGUGUAGAAGAGUUUUAUGUGGUAGUCUCAUGGUGUAUAUAAUCUUGAAUUGAAAAAUGGUUUCUUUUCUUCAAAGCAGCCUCUCAGAUGUCACUGUAUACUGACGGAAAUGUUUACUCUUGCUAUGCUCUCAACAUGCUACUUUAAGAGACAAACAUGGGGAUUUUAUAUCUUACUGUUUGUAAGUUUGAUGUUUAGCACUGCUGUGAGAUCCUCACAUGCCUAGCUAGAAGCUUUUUUUUUGGCAUUCCUUCUUUUCCUGUGAAAUGUGUAGUUUUUGACCAUCAGCCUUUUACUGCGUGUGAGCCAUAUCCGUGCUGGAAACACACAUCUAAAAUUUUUUAGUCUUUAGUUCUUAACAAAUUUGUAGACAAACAACAGAAGUUCAAAUUUCAGCAACAGAUUUGAGUAAAAUUCAGUUCUUGGCUUAUAAGCUAAUUUAGCCAUAUAUUUGCUUGACCAUUGAUGGUCAAGCUAUUUGUUAUAAUAGCUUACAGUCAAAAGGAGCAUUUCUGUUUGAUUAGUUGUAAAAGCAUUUAUUGCAAAACAGAAAACAUGAGACGAAAAACAUAAACUAAUGUUUCUUUUCAAUUGGAAAAUUUGCAUGAUUUAAGAAUAAAAUUCUUCAAUAUUCUGUACUUUCUUUUCCUGAGAAAUUUCACUGAUUACAAGUGAAGGUGAAGCACCAUCCUGUCAUGUCUGACACUGACUUUUAUCCAAUAAGCUACACUGUAACUGUCAGACUUAUGAAGCUGACUUUGUCAUUAAAGUGUUACCAAAAUGUUAUCUAAAAGAUGACACUUAUUUUUGUAUUUUGGAAUGAAGUUGUACAGAUUGUAAAAUUCUGUUCCCAUCACUUUAUUUCAAAGGUUAUUUAAAUUAGACAACACUGGUCUUCAUCUGUGUUUACAUAGGACUCCCUGUCUUGAUAUACCUCCAAAAGAUUGGCAGAAAAGGUUUUUAUAGUUCUUUUCUGAUAAUUAGUCCCCAUUUUUUUUACAGUGAUGCUAUUUCAAAAUUAUAUAAGAGAAUGUCACCAGCAUUCCUGCUGCACUACUCGGCAAACACUAUACUGAAAUGAAAACAAUAGUAAUCUGGGGAGUCCUACAAUGGCAUUGCACAUUGUAAACCAUUUAUAUUUGAGAAUGAAAAGAAGAGAAGAGAUUAAAGUAUGUUGCUGAUGAUUUAGCCUAUGUAAAUUGUAACUUUUUUUUGUAACUAACCAAAAUAAAUGCUUUGGCAAUGGGG